AUGGAAGCGGGGGAAUCUUAUUCUGCUGCCUCUUCAUCCACGCAGUUUCUGGGAUUCGUGCCGCCCGCAGGGUUUGCGGGACCAGGACAGGGGUCUGAGUUUCAUCGUACAACGACUAUGCCCGGCUCCGUCCAAGACAACAGGAAACACAUGCUAGCGCCAAUCGGGGAUUCGCAGAUGCUCGGAUUCGAUCCUUCCGCAAUGCUUUUGGACCACUCUGGCCAACUCGCUAAUGCGCACCUUCCACCGGUCAUGGACGAUAUCCGUCAUCCGAUUCAACCAACCCUGAUGCAACCCGAUCCUGCAUAUAUGAUACGUCACGAUAUGCAACACCGGGCAGGCGAUGGGCCGUCUACGUUUAAUAGCAUGGCUAUGCUGUCGGAGCCAUCUCUCCAGGAAGUUCGCCAAAACGUCCAGCGCCCCUUGAAUGAUGCGCAGCUUUCCGUACUUAACCAAACUGCGACGACGGAUCCCGGAGCGGACUUACGCGAGUUCGUGAAUGCUCUCGACGACUUUGUCCCGGUGAUCCCCGAUUCUGUGACGCAGUAUUACAUGGGCAAGGCCGGUGUAUCCAAUUGCGAUCCUCGUAUUGUGCGGCUCAUCUCGCUCGCGACUCAGAAGUUCGUUUCCGACAUUGCCCUGGACUGCAUGCAACAGGCUCGUAUGAAGGGUCUGGGCGUUGGUCCGUCCAAGAAGGCGAGCUCCAACAAAGAUGUCAAGUACACGUUGACCAACGAAAUCCUCGAUCCAGUGCUAAAGGAAUACGGAAUGAAGAUUUCCCGAGCACCAUACUUCCAU